AGCGCAUAUACCCACGUCCCAGUCAUAAUCUCCCCGUCUUACUUCGGCUGCGGAAUGGCUGCCUCUUCGUCCUCCGUAGCCUCCUCCUCCUCCUCCACCAGCACCAUUCCCCCUCGUCCUCGCGUCUCCUCCUCCUACCUCAUCUCCCCCACCCCCCUCCUCUCACCAACACCUGCAACCCUCUCCUCCUCCAUAAGCUCCGCCUCGCGCUCCCUCUCCCUCGCCUCUACCCACGAGUCCUCCCAGCACCCACGUCGCUACGAGCUCGCCUACCCAAUCUAUCUCCGUGCCGCACGUGCCUUCCUAUGGGCCGUGAGGAACUUGACUCCCCAAGGAGAGAGUGGAACGCUAGAAGAAGAGGAAAGGGAGAAGCUGGGGAGGUUGAAGGAGAACCUCAAGCGCCAAGCAGGGAGGGCGCUACAGCGUGCAGAGAGGAUUCGGGAAGUCAAGGGUGCAGAAUGGGCUAGAAGGUGGGGUGGGAUGAGCUCUAGAGGAGGAGGAGGCGGAGGGGGUGGGUGCAAGGACGUCGAGGAGCAGGGGAGGCGACUAGUUGACUCCAGUCGUAUUAAUGGACUACUCUGCGAGCCGUGGUCCUCCUCCUCCUAUUCUUCUUUCUCAAGGACUGGAGCCACCCUCGAGACAUUCCCCCUCCCGCUCCUAUCAGAGAAGCAGAGACUGACAGGAGCUAAGCUGAUCUCUGCGAGUAGAAUCUUCACAGAAGAGGAACGGAGAGGAUGUUGUCUAUGGGAUCCAGCACGGCCCUUGAGGGGAGAGGAUAUUACACAGGAUGCAGUGUCCAAUUGUGGACUUGUGGCGGCAAUGGAGGUCAUUGCAGAGCAUGACUUCAAGUGGCAGACAAAGCUCCUGCGGCAGCCCCUUCUCGUCGAGAAAGACGAAUUAGAGGCGUCAGUGACCGCAGAUCACAUCUACACGGCACGGUUGCACCUGAAUGGAUGCCUUCGACUCGUGCACAUUGACGACCAGCUACCCUUUUACGAAGCCUCGGAUGCUUCUUCUUCUUCUUCAGCUGGAUCCUCAUCAUUCCCAAGCAGACAGCGGCGUCUCAUGUGCGCUUCGGUGCGCUCUUCUUCGGCAGCUUCUCCUGACAUCGAUCCCGCACCUGCGAUCAUCCUAACUUCACUUGUGGAGAAGGCCUGCCUCUCCGUGCUGAGGACAUACGCACCUCCUGGUUCAGUUCCUGCAGAGGAUCUGUACCUCCUGACUGGCUGGCUGCCAGAGGUAGUCCACUUGCAAGCACGCGAAGAUGACUCAAGCUCCAGCAGCUCAGACCCACAGGCUUCAUCUGGAAUGGGAGAGAGUCAGGGAAGACAUGGACCGCUGUCCUCUUCAAUACAGAGAGAGAAGACGUUCCGCCGCGUGUCCCAAGCAUGGGUCAAGGGAUGGGUGCUGGUAUGUGCCGGGACAGGUAGCGGAACGUCCAGUAGGGAGAGUGGAGAAGCUACAGCGACCGGUAUCGAACGAGGUCUGGUACCUUCGCACAGCUAUGCUGUCCUCGAACUUCAAGAUGAGCAGCAGAGCGGCAGCGAGCGAUAUCUCAAGCUCAUGAACCCUUGGAGACCAGCAAACGUGCCGCAACCAGGCGAAGAAGGGAAAAAUAGCAGAACGACUCCAGCCCCUCCUUCUUCCUUGCACCUCACCACGUCAGUGUCAACUCUUGGGGGCAAAGACUCGCCCUUUACUCUAAGCUGGGAGCGCUUCCUCCACUCCUUUUCGACUCUCCAUCUAGCUUGGAACCCACUGGCUCUCUUCACGUACAUGGACGAGGUGCAUGGAUCGUGGGAGAGGGGGGAUGAGGCUACUGCUGAUAUUGGCACUACAAGCGCAAGUGCAGGCGCAGGCGAAGAAGGAGGGGUUACAUUGCAGAGUGAAGAAGGCAGAGAGGGACGUGCGGCCGCUGUGCGUGAUACGACGUUCACUCUGCGCGUUACAGGCCCUCCUACUGGCAGCGCUCAAGACCGAGGACAUGAGGACAGCGGACUAGACCGCGGCCCCGGCGAAGGAGCUGGCGAAGUCUGGCUACACCUCACCCGUCACAGCAAGGAGACUCGCUCCUCCACUUCUUCUGAAGGACUCGAUGGAGAGCCCACUGUCAAUAGGCAAGAAGAGAAGAGGUUCAUUGCGAUUCAUAUCUACGAGAGUACGGCCGGGGGUUCGGAGGGGUAUCAGAGUACUAGAGUGAUGCCGCUCGGCGGUGAGAGGGGUAGCAGCGCGGGAGGCAUCUACGUCAACACUUGCCACCACCUGGUGCGCUUCAAGCCCUCCUUCUUCCUCGACUCUCUGCUCCGCUCCGAUCAGCCGCUCUCGGCGCAGACGGCUCGCGCCUCAAAGGAGUAUCAGAUUGUCCUCUCCUUGCAUGCACCACUUGAGGAGGAAGGCGAGCAUGUCAAUUUCACCCUGCGCGCUUGGAGUCGGUAUGAAGUGUCAUUGGACGAGGUCGAGCAGCAGCCGGGUUGGACAAGCGAGCUCCGCGGUUCCUGGACCACGAGCACCUCAGGCGGGCAUCUCGACUGCCCUUCCUUCCCCUCAAACCCUCAAUACCUCCUGACUCUGCCGCCCAGUAGCCCAGCCACCUCCCUCACCCUCACCCUCUCCGCGACCCCACCUUUGCCCAUCCACAUUCUCGUGGUGCACUCUCCCCCGCUCACGGCGCAUACCUCUCGAGUGGUGCGCGUAGACCGAGCAGAGCAGGCCGACGUUGUGGCGCAGAGCGGCGAGUACACCUAUGGCUUUGCGAGAGUCAAGAUUCUCCUCCCGCCCACGGCGAGAGAUCGAGGAGGACACUACCACGUCGUCUUGAGCACCUACAAUCCUGGCGUCGAGGGAGACUUCAAGCUGAGGAUCGAGGGAAUGGCCCGCGUCAUAGUCUCCGAGCGGACCAUCAGUACCCUGCCCAACACGCUCGCAGGAGUCGAAGGUGCGCAGGGAGCUCUGCUCUUAAGUCCAAUCUCCAUGGAAGGAGCAGGCAUGUUUGCCAAGAGGGAAAGGGGGCGCUGGGCGCACGCUGAUGGUACUGCAGGCGGAGCGCCCAGGUACGCGAGGUACGAUAGCAAUCCUUCCUGGGUGAUCAGGCUAAUGGGUAAUUCUCAGCAGCAGCCCUUUGCCAGAGCCACUUUUCGCUUGAGGGCAGAAGCGUCGGUGCAAGUCUUGCGGGGCGAGCCGAGCCAGGACCAGGCAGCUUCUCCCCCCGAAGCCCGGUCGCUUCCGCCCAUCAACCUGUCCCUCUUCCUGGUCCCUCCGCAAUACGUCGAGCAGCCCAGCCUCUUGCUUCGAGACAGUGGAAGAGUUCCUGCACCACUAGCAACUACGGAUCGCUACACGGUCUCGCCUGCGGGGGUGGCGCUGCACGAUGUGCGUCUGAAGAGGGGAGAGGUGUACCUCGCCGUUGCUAGCUGCUUUGAGAGUGGUGAGGCGGGGCAGGGGGAGUUCACGUUGCUCGGGUGGUGCGCAGAGAGGGCUUGGACGAUGGAUCGUUUAUAG